AUGCCGUUCAUGCCAGUGAAGUUCGACCUGCCGAAGCGGGUGAAGCUCGCUCAGGGUCUAUGGAUGCUUUACUGGUUCUCGGUCAUGGUGGGGAUCCUCAUCUUCAGCCUCGGUAUCUUCUUUAAGAUUGAGCUUCGGAAAAGAAGUGAGAUGAUGGACAACGACGAGAGUCAUUUAGUGCCCAACUUGCUGAUCUUGAUGGGCAUGGCGGCCUGUGGGCUCAACGCCUUUGGUGGUAAAGUGUGCCACGACUCUCUGGACCCCAUGAAGUUUGCCAAGUGGAAGCCGAUGCUGAAGCCAUACCUGCUGAUGUGCUGUGGCUUCAAUGGGCUGCUGCUGCUGACGGCGGUGCUCUGCAUCCUUAUGCAGUUCGCCAUGUACCUGACACUGGCUGAGGGACUGAAGAAUAGCAUCAAGUUCUACAAAGACACGGACACGCCGGGGCGCUGCUUCAUGAAGAGGACACUGGACAUGACGCAGAUUGAGUUCCGCUGCUGUGGGAACAACAACUACAGGGACUGGUUCGAGGUCCAGUGGAUCAGCAACCGCUACCUGGACAUGAGCAACGAUGAGGUUAAAGAUCGUGUCCUCAGUAAUGUGGAGCAGAAGUUCCUGAUGGACAGCGUCCCGUUCAGCUGCUGUAACCCCGGCUCCCCUCGGCCCUGCAUCCAGCAUCACCUGACCAAUAACUCCGCCCACUACGACUACGACCACCGCACAGAGGAGCUCAACAUCUGGACCCGGGGCUGCCGCGAAUCCCUCUUCGCCUACUACAGCAGCAUAAUGAACGGCAUCGGAGCGCUCGUCCUUGCCACCAUCUUCUUGGAGUCGGCAGACAUGGCGGGGUUAAAGUACCUCUGCACAGCUCUGGAGACGAUGACCGACCCGGAGAACCCAGAGUGUGAGAGCGAGGGCUGGCUGCUCGAGAAAGGCGUGAAGGAGACGUUCGAUGAGCUGCUUUCCAAGAUGAAGACGCUGGGGAAGACCAACCAGGUGGAUGAAGGCGGGGAGGGGCAGGAGGCCACCUGA